AUGCAACCGCAAGCCCAAGAAAAUGACAAUAAUGAGAAUGUCGACAAUGAACAAACAAUAAUAUCUAAUGCUUCUAAUAAUAACAAUCAUGUAUAUGGUACUUUUGCGCAAAAUGUAAUAAUAGCAGGUACUUUAACAUCACCUGUCACUUCAACUACAAAGUUAUUAUCAGACAAUGAUGAUCCAGAAUUAGAAAAUCAAUCUUGUUUCGUUAAUCCAAUAAACGGAUGUGCUGCUUCAAUUGGCAGUUGUGUAUUUCCUACAACACUUUACCUAAAGAAUGAUGCUUCAACAGCAAGAGACAAUUUUUCCAUCGAAAGAAACUUUCUAUCAUGGUUAAGAAUCAGCACAUCAUUCAACCUGAUCGGUCUCUCAAUCUACUUCCGAUUUCACUUGAUUCCACCACCGGCACAAGACGAGAUCGCCAGACUCGAGAACCAAUACUCGAAACCAAUCGGCAUGAUGUUUAUCGUGUGCGGUUUAUUUCUGCUGUGUUGGGCAGUGUGGCAGUAUUUCGGGUUUCAACGAAUGCUCGCGACACGUGUAAUGAGAGUCGAGAAUAGUCGAUUGAAUUUCUGUAUCGCGUUUUUCGUUGGACUUUUAAUAUUUUCGGCGUUAGUAGUGAAUAUCGUGUUCGAGAAUGCUAGGCCGAGGAAGGGAUUUGAUAGUAGUGUUAAUAGCACUUUUAUUACUACUGACGAUAAUCUCUGGUUUGGAUCAUCUUGGUAG